AUGUCUGACGCCAUUCACACUUAUACCGGUGUGUGGAUCAACUGGUCGGAUGGCUUGGUGCGAGGAGCCACCCUGACAUUAACCCAGCGCAAUGCAGGAGUCCUCACUGCGUUUCUGGCCAUCUUAGUCUCCUUUUCAGGGACCAUGUUUUGGAGUAUUCUGAGCUUUACCAUCCACCAGGCUUACACUACGGAUCCCAGCCAGGGCCAAGAUGCGCUACACGCCCAGCGCCAGGUGAUUAUACGCAACAAGGGCGCCGGCGCUGCCGCCUGGGCGCUGAUAAAACUGCCCUUUGCAAUCGGCCACACUCCGUCCAGAGCGAAGGCUAUGGGGCGGUCGUUGCCUUUGGCGGCCCUGGCAAUCCUCAACAUCCUCCUCUUUGGCGCGUCGGGUCUCCUCACUAGUUACAUCACCAAGGCGGCCGGCAACUCGGUAAUUGUUCUUGGUCCGAGCUGCGGUGGGUUCGAAUUCAAUGCCACGGACACGGGGGGAAGUUACACUUCGAAGAACCUGCUGGACACAUACGACGCGGCCACAUAUGCGCAUCAAUGCUACCAAGGCAAUGCCUCCGGCUUCGCUUGCACGCCACACGUGAGCCAAAGUCUACCGUUUACGACGAACCCAAACGCGUCCUGCCCGUAUGCUGCGGAUCUGUGCGCGUACAACGGCCAUUCGGCGUUCCAGAUGGACACAGGGUUGCUCGAUUCGGCCGAACACUUUGGCAUCAACGCUCCGCCGAGUCACAGAAUCAAAUUCCGACGAGUGGCCACCUGUGCGCCAAUUAAACAUGGCUCCAACCUGGCGGCGCUUCAGAACGACUCGGACACGGGCGAAACUGUAUACAUCUAUGCUGGGGGCCAGUACUUCAUGGGCACUGAAUUUGCGAAUUACACCUUUCGUCAUUCGCCAAUUCCACGAAUUAACAGAGUCGGCUACACGCUGAGUGCCCUCUUCGCUAAAUCUGAUCCGUCCGGAGCACUGGCGGCGACUGGGUCUCAGUCAUGGAUACCAGACCCUCGCAUCAAUCAGACUGACGGCGACAUCACGAUCAUGAUGCUCGGCCAAAAUUCCAUUGGCUAUUUGCAGCCCAGCUAUGACCCUUGGAUCACCGCCCUCAUUGCAUAUAAUGGCAGCGUGUCAGGUACUAACUUCAGUGAGCCCAUGUGGCUUGCGAGCACCGAAGUGAGCCUUAUGGUGUGCGUCGACCAGUACCAAGUCUGUAACCCCAAUAAACCCGGCAAUUCGGGCUGCAGCAAGCUUGGAGGCCUCAUGAGUGCUUCAACAGAUGCCUUUGACAACUAUCAAGCCCUGGGAUGGAACCUUCCACAAGUCUAUACCAUCUCGCGGCUCCUGGGCGGGAGCACUGACAGAAGCAUGUUUUCUGUUGUCGAUGGUCGAAGCGGAGCAGCUUUGAACGGUAUCAACCCUGACCUGUCUCUUAAUCUGUGGUUUCAAACUAACUGGUCAUUCUGUCUCAGCAUCCAUGAUGGCCUACGAAAAUAUUCAGUACUAUCUCCCUCCGACCCAAUGGCAGAGCGAGGUCUCCAUCUGGUUUUCGACAGCUCUGGCGAAGGAUCAGGCUUGGGCGGUCGAAUGGGCUACUGCCCCGAAAAACCUCCCUAA